AUGCCCAUAUAUUAAAAUAACAAUACAGACCAUUAUUUAAUAAUAAUAGAAAAAUAAUUAGAAUAGGACAAGUAAUUGUAUGCCAAGUUUGUAUAAUAAUUGUAAGAAUUUACAUAUUUCAAUAUUCAAUAAUAAUUUGAUUACCAACUCAUUUUGACAAAAUUAGAAAAUCUUAACGAGGAUGAAAUAUCAAAUUAAUAGUGUGUAUAAAAUGAUUUAGAAAUUGUUUAUUUACAAUAUUAAAUUAAUAGCUUUCUAACAGAAUCGAAAGAAUUUAGUUUAAAUGAAAAACUUAAAUAAUUAUUAUCAAAUCGUGGUUAUUUAAAGGAUGUUUAAGAAUCAUUAAUAGAAAAUGUUUAUUCAGUAUAAGAUAGAUUAUAAGAAUAAUAUUAGAAAAGCAGAGCAGAACAAGGAAUUUCAGAGUUUAAUACUGAAACAAAAAUAGAAUAUCUAGAAACGCUAAAGGCCAAACUCAAUUCCGUUUCAUUAUGUAAUUAAGUAAAAAAAGAAAUUCUAGUUUAAAUUGAUAAUGCAACUGCAAGUCUUGUUAAGGAAAUAAAUUAGGUUGCAUUUUCAAUAUUAAUUUUAGUAUAAGUAAAAUAUUGCUCAACUUGAGUAAACUAAUUAAAAACUUCAGUAGGAAACCUUAUCAUCAAUAUUUUCAAAUUCUUAUCAGCCUUAAUUUAAUAGUAGUUAUAAGUUUUCGGCCUUUUCAUUAGUUAGCCCAAAAUUAGUUUAAGGUAGCAAUUUUAAACAUUUAAUUAGCUUCUUCCGGAGGAUUUGGAUUAGCUGUUAUGCAGCCUCCAUUGCCUAAAGAUAAAAUUACAUAAUUCAUAAUCAAAAUAAAUGUAUUUAUUAUUUUUUCUAUGAAAGAAAUUUAAUGACUGGGCAGGAGUUGGUGUUUGCCAUUUGUAAACAGCCUAAAGCUUCAAUUAUAAUAUGAGUGCAAAUUAUUAAUCAACUAACCACAACACUUAUAUAGCAUGCGCUGGUGGAUAUAGAAUUUCAAGUUUUUAAGGUUAUACUGGAAAUUAGUUUACCUUUCGAGAAAAUAGUUUUCUUUGUUGUAGUUACAAUUCAAUCACUUAUAAAUUGACUUUAAUACAUUUAAAUGUAUAAAUAAUAGUAAUUAGGAUGGAAAAACAUAUGAAAUGGAUAUAACUAAAAAUAGUUUAGAAAUGUCCCCUUGUGUCAUCCUUUAUGGAAGUGCAUAAAUAGAAAUUAUAUGA